GGUUGCGGUUCGUUAAAUAAUAAUGUUCUUUUUGAUCCUGGUCGUGGCUGGGAGCGUGCUGUUGCACUGGCUCUACAGGCUCAACAAGGACUAUUAUGUCAUGGCCUUCUUUGCCAAGAGACUGUGGACAAAGGAUGGCCGUCCUGCAGAGAGCAUUUCUCCCGUAGCCCCUGGAAAAACCAUCUUUGGCAAUACCCUGGACUUGUAUGGCUGUGAUAAUGCCGGUGUCUUCAAGCUUUCAAGGGACCUUGCAAAAAAAAUGGGUGAAAGCUUCGUUGAAUAUUAUUUGGGUACACCAGUAUACAAUAUCCUUGAUGCAGACAUUGCAGAGAAUGUUAUGAAUCAUCCGAACCUUAUAACCAAAGGAUUGUUUUACAAAUUCCUGCAUCCCUUCCUAAGGACCGGCUUGUUGACUUCAACAGGAAAGAAAUGGCAUGCCCGUAGGAAGAUGCUCACCCCCACGUUCCAUUUUAAUAUAUUGAAUCAGUUUCAGGAGAUCUUCAAAACGGAGAGUCAGAAGUUCCUGAAGCAAUUUAAAGGCAAAGAUGAGGCUACUAUUGUUCUGAAUGAUGUCAUUCCCAGAUUUACGCUCAACAGCAUUUGUGAGACUGCCAUGGGCGUGAAACUUGAUGAAAUGGCCGAAAAAGGUGAUCGUUACCGGGAGAACUUCAGCCAAAUAGAAGAAUCCUUUAUUAGACGUUUGAGUAACCCAUUUUUGUGGGGAGAUGGACUCUUCAAUUUGCUAGCUGCGAAGGAUUAUGCCACUGCCUUGGAUGUGGUUCAUAGCUUCUCCAGCGAGAUCAUUGCCAAGCGGAGAGUAUUGUUGAAAGAUGAACUAGACAGCUCUCAACUCUCUCAGUCAAAUGAUGAUGAUGGGCUUAACAACAAGAAGCGCUUUGCCAUGCUGGACACCUUGAUUCAUGCUGAAAAGGAUGGUCUCAUCGAUCACAUUGGCAUUUGCGAGGAGGUGGACACUUUGAUGUUCGAGGGAUACGACACCACCUCGAUUGGUCUCAUCUUUGGACUGAUGAACAUGGGUCUUUAUGCCGACAAGCAGGAGGAAUGCUACCAGGAGAUCCAGGAGCACAUAGCAGAUGACUUGAGCAACUUGGAUAUUGGUCAGCUGAACAAAUUAAAACACCUGGAUUACUUUAUGAAGGAAACUGUUCGCCUGUUUCCCUCCGUUCCAGUAAUGGGUCGUGCAGUUGUCCAGGAUACAGAGCUGGCCAAUGGUCUGGUUCUACCCAAGGGCUCCCAGAUCGCUCUAAAUGUAUUUGAGAUCCAUCGGAAUACUAAAUACUGGGAUGACCCCGAUGAAUUUCGACCGGAGAGAUUCUUGCCCGAGAACUGUCAGAACCGUCACACCUACGCCUAUAUACCAUUCAGUGCUGGUCAAAGGAAUUGCAUUGGUCAAAAGUAUGCCAUGCAGGAGAUGAAGACUCUGCUGGUGGUCAUCCUGAAAGAGUUUAAGAUCCUGCCAGUCACGGAUCCCGAGACCAUUGUCUUUACAGCAGGAAUUACUCUGCGGACUCAGAAUAAAAUUCAAGUGAAGUUCGUAAGGAGGAACUCGAGUAUCUAGAGAUACUGUAUCUUAAAGCCUUCAACUCUGUCAUUCGACUUUUCCCUCUGUGCAUUUUUAACUGGUCGACUGUGCAACUUCAUCAUACACAUCCCGGAGCCACAAGGAUUUAUGGGACAGGCCCAGAAUCCAGAGGACGCGGGGAGUCCUGCCGGUCCGUUCGUCAGUUUUUAGUUGCUGCUGCUGCUGCUGCCUCGGUUAUUGCAUAUUUCAU